AUGGAGGAAAACUUCUCGUUGACGUGUGAAUUCGCGGGUCGCGGCUCUGACGUCUUCUCCCCAGGGGGCACUGUCGAAGGCUGCAUCGAGCUUCAAAUUUUUCGUCAUUUCGAGGUAAUUUAUUUUAAGAUUGGAAGUCAAGUAUUUUUCUUAAUUCUUUAAUGAGGUUAAUAAUUAAUUAACAAUUAACUGUUAAUUGUUUCAGAUACAAUGUAUCACUGUAACUCUGGUUGGAAAGGCGCAAACUUCCUGGGAAAGCGACUUUCAACAGAGAAUAUUGUGAGUUAACUUUCUUGAUUGAAAUAUAGCCUAUUGGCACUAUUUCCUCCGAGCUACAGAACCUUUGUUUCGAUACGCGUGACCCACCUCUGUGUAUGCGCCUUUAGGAUAACGUGAAUUUUUGGCUCAACUAAAGGCGCAUGCACAGCAGCAGGCCUAUCAUAUCGCAGGGAAGGCUUCUGUAGUUCAAAGAAAAACCAAAAUCGUGGCAAGCUGACGCGGAAUAGACUAUCUCUUGAACAGGAAAAAGGAAAUAGGAAUCAAAUCCUUUUGAACCUAAAUUCCAGACCUGAAAACAAUUUUCUGAUUGACUUACCACUCGUGCAAAGUCGAAUUGGUGGAUAAUGGCCGCUAAGAUAGGGACCGCAGAGCCAAGCCCACUUCGCUGUUCAAAAAACUUCGUCAUUUUCGUUGCAUUUUGGUUCUUUUUUAUAUUUUAAAACAGUUUUCUUGUACCGAUUUGAGAAAAAAUUAGGGGAAACAUACAAUCGGCUAUACUUAACAAUCCUACAUAAAAAGAAAAAUACUGAAAAAAAUGAGAAAUAAGAAUGUACGACGACAGUUUUUAAAACGCAUUUGUGGCCGAAAACGGAUAAAAAUCCCGUUUUUUCUUGAAAGUUUCUGGGCAACUUUUUUUAUUCUUGAAUAUCAUAAAGCAACUAAAAACGCAUAUUCUGGCAAAAAAUAAAAAAAUUCUAUGGUUGGCCUCAAAAAAUAACGCAAUUUGAAAAUCGCGAUUUUCGAAAUUCCUUCGAAAAUUUUCUCAAAGUAAUCUCUCCACAGGGGAACGUCGGAAUGGUGGAUAAUGGCCGCUAAAAGGAAGAGGCUCAAAAAAGGCCACAGAAAGGCCUCAAAAAGGUAGCAAAAAAGGAGCCUUUGCCACUAUAAAAGGAACAUUUCCAUAGAGCCUUUUCCCACCUUUUCCGACUUACCUAUGCACGUAAUUCAGAAAAAGCAGUUAUUUUUUAGAAAAUAACUCCGACAAAAUGAGAUGAAUAAGGUUUUUAACGACUCCAGUAUUUUUUCCCCAGUUCCCAAGGCCAACCUUUUAAAAAUUUUUUUGUGCAAAAAGUCUCGAAAUACCCCUUGAUUGACUUCUCUUAGGAAUGGCGAUGGAAUCACUAAAGAAGUGACUCCGAUCGUGUGCUACGACGAGGUGACCUACGUCAACAUUUCUGACGUCGUCUGGGCCCAGAAUCCCGAGAAUCGGUCGAUGUUCGGAGUGGGCCGGCAUCGGCUCUUCUUCUCGUUUCCAUUGCCAAACCGUUGUCCGCCGAGUUUCGAGGGCGAAUUUGGCAGCGUCCGGUAUUCGGUCACCGCCAAGGUCGACGACAAGGAGUCGCCUCGUUUCUAUUUCACAGGUUAGAGUCCAAAACUGUUAUAAACAAAUGUCUCGGACUUAAGAGUGCUGACGUUACUAAAGUGGUCACUAGAAAUACCCUGACACGGCCAGUUAGCGUUACCAAAGUCCUUGAAACUUCAAGAGUUUCCUCAAAAAAAUGUCUGAGCUUGAUUUCAACUGCGAAGUACGGUAAAAAUCUGAGAUUUCCAGUAAGACUAAGAAUAAAAAUCUCUUAAAGAAGUUGAAUGGAAUACUGUCCUUUUUCUUCUCAAAUUCCCAAUAUUUUUAGCCAUUUUCUCUCUGAUUGAUCAACUACAAGUUUGAAAUUUUAGUUUGCUGAAAUCUGUUGUUCUUUAUAGCUUUAAAAGCUCUUUUUCAUCGUCAAUUACAUGUGGCUAAAAUAAGUAUAAAAAUUAUUGAUUGAUUGAAUAGUGAUUUGAAUUUUCACAGUUUUACCUCGUGCGGAUCUGUCCCGAUGGAAUCCCCUUGGAACCAAUGUUACUGGAAGUGUCGGCACGAAAAGAACCUGUUUUUGUCUUCCCUUUAGAAGCGUCAUCUUGAGGGUGAGUUAUAAUAUCCUUCAUAAUAAGAAUGAAUCUUGAAUUUCAGUGCCGAUUGAGCAAGUUUGGCUACGUGCCAGGUGAACAACUGGUCACGGAUGUUGAAUUGGAGAAUCGUUCCAAGAAAUUGAUUGAAUCGGUUUUUUUUUUCCUAAUUUUUUUUUAAUGUUCAAUCCUAGAUCAAAAUAAUAUUAGUUCAAACAACUCACUUUUUAUCGAUAAGAGACGAGAAACACUCCACGACACUGGAACGGAAGGAGAGAAAAAGGCCGAUCACCAUUGCUGAAACGGUGGGUAAUUUUCGAGUUUGGAAAAAAAAAUAAAAGGUUGAGCCUACAGCUUUUUUUGUUCCUGAGCAUUUCUAGUAGUCCCUUUAUUGGCGUCAGUACUCUUAAGUGCUCCCUACGAAAGCUCAGAAACGUCCGGGGGGCACGUCAAGUUUGCGUUAACAGAGUUUUAAGCUAUGGCUGAUUCUGACUUGAGCCAUCGAAAAAAAGGUCCUGACACGAUAAAAAUGAGAUAGCGUCUGGUUGGUGGAGAGCACAGACAGACCACGCCCUUUUCCUAGCCGUGAAUUGGCUAUAACUAGCUUUUGGAUCUUUCCAGUGUGGCGCCAAAUAGCCAAGUGGCCCGUUUAGAGACUUUUUUUUAAUAACUUGAAGACCACUUCCUUGAGGGUUUCUGCACAUCAUGAUAUUUCCCAGCGAGCUCGCGCAACAAUUUUUUUUUGAAAACUUUUCUGGUAAACUCCUUUAAUCUUGGUCCGAAUGAACAAGAGAAAUGAGUCACCGAUAAGGUUUUUUAAAGACUUUUUCCAGAUUUUCUUUUCUCGUUACGAUAUCUACAAAAUUAUUUCCAGAAGGUCAACGUCGACCGUGGAGGAUUCCACCAAUCGGCGGUAUCGAUGGUGGUUCCGCCAUUAGUGCCGACUUUCGGCGAAUCUAUCGUCGGCAUCGACUAUCAUGUCAAGGUUUUUUUAAAGUUAAUUUAUUUUUUUUUUCUCAUUUUUAAUAUUUCUAUGCGUUGAUAAUUUAAAAAAACGAAAAAGAAGAAUAAAUGGUAAUCAAGAACGAUUAUGCCGUGUUCCAAGUAAUCACGACGAUUUAAAAAGUUGGCGCAUUUUUUUAAUAGAAAUAAUUUCGCGACAUACGUGAAAUUGGAAUUCCGGAAGCCUUUAGAAAACUUUUGGUCCUACAGCCUACAGGGUUAUAUCGCGAUAUAGUGACUUCAAAAAAAAUGUCAAUAUGAAUCCAACAUUUGAGAAUAUUUUCAAAGAGUCUCUGAAUAUAGUCUGUUUUUCGCGACUUGAAAGGGCGGGAAAAACAGACUAUAUUCAGAGCGCCCUCCUUAUCUCUCGAAGUCUCUCUCAUGUCUACGUGCUAUUUCCAUGUUUCUCUUACCUCGCUGGUGAGGGAACAGAGAGGCGCAGACAGGCAAACUGCCUGUGGUGGACGGAUUAUACCAAUUUUGCUUAUUUCGCGAAAUCACGUUUAUAAACGAAUAACGCGUCAUUUUCGAAAUCGCCAAAAUUAAUUCGAAAACGGCGUUAUAUAUCUCCCUAGUCAAGCUUUUUGUAACUUAUAAUCCAAAGAUGAGGCUUAAAAGUCAUGAAAUUUUUCUAGGUAGUAGUGACAAUGGAAACGACAUGGCGUCGUCGUACGUACAGCUCUAAACUUCCGGUUUUCAUUGGCACCUUGCCAAUUGUCUCCUCUGAAGGUGAAGAAGAAGCGUCCCCCAAGUACAAGGUCGACUACAAACGGACCAUCACCUCCAUGAAUACACUACCUCCGGUGAGAUCAUUUAGGUUCAAACUACACAUAAGUAAACAGGUAUCAAAUGACCAUUUAUGAAUAAUUCAGGUUUUCGAGCCACUCUACCCGUACUACACCGAUUUGCCAUCGACGCCGGAUGUUGCGUGGCUCUUGUAA